GUAUGACUCGUUCAGAAACGUCAACGUCAACCUCGCAUGGAAAUACAAAAAUUGAACGCAUUGCAGUACUGAAACAUUGAAAUUUUCCGUGAUUUUCGUUAGCAUACGCUGCGUCAUAUUGAAUCAUUUUUUUUAAUUCUGAUCAAAAAUACUGUAGAAGUGAGUUUUAAAAGAUGAAGUGGUUCGAAGGAAGUAUUAACGAAGCUGUUGCCACAUCAAAAUCGAGGAAAGCCAUUUUCGUUGUGUUCGUGGGUGGAAAUGAUGAUGCUUCAGUUCAAGUUUCUCAGGCAAUCGAAUCUUCAGAAAUAUCAUCACGUUUGGAACAGGACAGCUUUGUGGCAGUCAAAAUAGAAAGUGGCUCUGAAAAUUACAGAUUUUUUGCACAAAUUUAUCAAUUAGUACCAGUUCCGUCCGUUUUCUUUAUCGGCGAAACGGGCUCUCCCCUCGAAAUAGUUGCCGGUAGUGCCACGGCUUCUGAGUUAGGGGCAAAGAUAGAUGAAGUUUUGGCCAAAUCAGGAAAAAUUGCUGCUGGAUCUUCACUUUCUUUCAUAGAAUCCGAAAAAAAAUCCGCUGAAAAUGCAGCAGCUACUGUCACAACUACAGAAGGUGCCAGUCUAUCCAGUACGCAAGGGGACUCGUCGACAAAAAAAGAAGAAAAAGCUGCCGAAUUGUCGCACGAGGAAAAGGUAAGACGAGCUCAAGAGCUGAUGGAGUUGCAAAAAAAGCAGCGUGUCGAGGAAGAAAUGAGAAAGGAGAAGGAGCGCGAAAUAGAGCGUCGAAAGAGGGAACGCGAAGUUCAGGAAAUGCGUUUGAAGCAGCGAGAUUUGGAGAUAAAGCAGUCGCUAGAGGAAAGAUUGAGGGAAAAGGCGGAGGAUGCUGCAGCCAGAGAAAGAGUUAGGCAACAAAUUGCUCAGGAUAAAUUGAUGCGAAAGGAGAGAGAGCAGGCUCUCCAGCAAAAUUCUUCACAACAGCAGCCUGAAAAGCAGGUAAAAACGCCUUCUUCGUCCAGCAGCGAAGCGUCUGUGGCGAGGAUUCAAUUUAGAUUGCCAUCAGGCAGUACGCAUAUGGGACAAUUUGAACCAUUAAGUACACUUGGAUCACUACGCGACUACGUAGUUAUGAAUAUUGAAUUACCGUUUCAACAAUUUUCACUGUCCACUUCUUUUCCAAGAAGAGACCUGCUUCCUGAGAAUGAUAAUAAGACUCUGAGUGAUCUAGGACUGGUGCCGACAUCCGUAAUUUUGAUUUUACCAUUGAGAAAUCCUAACGCUAAAGCGGUAAUUUCAUCUUCAGAGGAUAUGGGAUUUUUAUCUCGUAUCAUAUGGGCUCUUUUUACUCCCAUUAUCGGGUUAUAUAAUUAUGUGCUGAGCUAUUUUUACGGACCCAAUAGGAGUCCAGAUCGACAACAGGAUGAUGCCAUUGGCUCCAGUGAAUCUGCAACGAAUGCGGGCGGAAACGGACCAAGCAUGCAACAACCAUCAGGACUCCACAGAAGAAAUGUGGGUGGCGAGGAAACUAAAGUGGUCAGGACUCAAGGUAAUAUUCACAGACUGCAUUCAUCUCGAGAUGACAACGAUGAAAAUAAUACAUGGAACGGGAAUUCCACGCAGCAAAUGUAAUUUUUUUAUAUUGGGCCUAACUUAUUAUUUAUGAAAGUUACGAAGUCUUACGAAAUGUAGGCAUUGUAUCGAGUGAAUGAAGAUUGAGGAACCGAUCGGUUUCCAAUUCUGCUUUUAUUUUACACUUUUGGAAAAAUUCUUUAGUUACUUUUCGAGUGAGGAAUUUUUAAAUUCUCGCCAAUUUCCUCGUUCUUUUUUCCCUGAAAAAAAAAACAAAAAAUAAAUAAGAAAAGGAUUUUUUUUUAAAUAUUAAUAAAUGGUUUGAUAUUUAUGAUUCAAAGUUUCAGUGGUUGCAUUAGUUUGAUCAAUCUGAUCAAAUAUUGUUGAAUGAUGUAAUGAUAUUAUAAUACAGAAAGUACAUUAAUAUAUGUAUAUACAAAGGACGAAUAAAUCAAGAAUUGUUUAAUUAAUCAACAAUAAAAUAUUGAGCCUAA